GUGUAUGAAACUUUCAGAAAAUUGAAACACUAUUUCAAAGAUUGUGAAGUUAUAUCUGGGAAUAUAGAAAAAAGUUAUUUUCAACAUUCAUUAUGAAAAGUGUUGCAAGUAACCGUACUAUUGAUGAUCCGUUACAUUUGUCAUCCGAUCAUCGCCCACGUUUGUCUGGUGUAAAAUAUAAACCUGGUAUUUUGUGUUCUAUGCUCGCAUUGCCUGUCUUCCUUCUUAUUUUGUGUUGUGUAUUUGACGUUUCUCAGUGUUUAGUGGAUUGAAUAAGUAGUUCUAGAGGAAUUUGAGUUGUUUUAUUUUUUAGUGAUUGAUAAUUUUUUCUUAUUGAACAUGAUGAAGCAUUCCAAAUAAAAGAUGAAAUCGAUUUACAGUAAAUAAAAUCAACAGUCCUGUUGUGAAUUCCAAUCAAAGCAGUUGGAAAACAAGUGACCUGGUAUUGAAGAGGUUUCACACAAAUUAAAACAUCCAAAUGGCAACUAGAAAUAAAGUAGGAACAAAACAUGAUGAACAUAGUGUUGAAACUCUUGCAGAAGUUUUUCGGUGCUUUAUAUGUAUGGAAAAAUUGAGAGAUGCCCAUUUAUGUCCCCAUUGUUCAAAAUUAUGCUGUUAUGUAUGCAUACGCAGAUGGCUUACCGAACAGAGAUCACAGUGUCCCCAUUGCCGGGCUUCUUUACAUUUACAUGAACUUGUUAACUGCAGGUGGGUAGAGGAAGUUACUCAACAGCUGGAUAGUUUGCAAGCUGUGAGUCUUAAUGGAAGUAGAAGUGAGGAUAAUGAUAGGGAUAAAUGUUCAACACAUUUGGAAAAACUUUCAGUAUAUUGUUGGACAUGUCGAUGUUGUAUUUGUCAUCAAUGUGCUCUCUGGGGUGGUACUCAUUCUGGGCACACUUUUAAACCAUUAGAUGAAGUAUAUGAGCAGCACGUCACUCAAAUAAAAGAUGAAGUUACUCAGUUACGUAGAAGAUUAAUGGAACUCAUUAGUAUUGUACAAGAAGUAGAACGAAAUGUUGACUCAGUUAGAUCUGCUAAAGAUGAACGAGUGAGAGAAAUUCGCAAUGCAGUUAAAGUAAUGAUAGCACGUUUAGAUUCUCAAUUAAAAACAAAGUUACUUACUCUUAUGGGACAAAAAGAUUCACUUACUCAGGAAACUGAACAGUUAGAACAUUUACUCCAUGAAAUUGAGCAUCAGUUACAUGUAUGCUCUAGAUCUGAACUGAUAUCAAAAAGUAGUGAGAUAUCUAGAAUGAUCCAUGCCAUAAGAAAAAAGCCGAUGACUAGUUUUGUGACUGCUCCCGUUCCUGCUGAUUUCCAUAGUGAAAUUGUACCAGCAUAUGAUAGUUGUACUUUUGUAAUGCACAGUUUUUCUCGUUGGCAGCGGAAAGCCGACCCUAUUUACUCAACACCAUUGCAUUGUAAUGGAUUAUGUUGGAGGUUAAAAGUAUACCCGGAUGGAAAUGGGGUUGUAAGAGGCAACUAUUUAUCAGUAUUUUUGGAACUUAGUGCAGGCUAUCCAGAAACUUCAAAAUACGAGUACCGUGUUGAAAUGGUACACCAAGCUACUAGAGAUUCUUCAAAAAAUAUAGUUAGAGAAUUUGCUUCAGAUUUUGAAGUAGGAGAAUGUUGGGGUUAUAAUAGAUUUUUUCGUCUUGAUCUUUUAGCUAGUGAAGGUUAUUUAGAUCAAGCCAAAGAUACACUAGUAUUAAGAUUUCAAGUAAGAGCUCCGACAUUUUAUCAGAGAUGUAGAGACCAACAAUGGUACAUAAACCAAUUACAAACUGUUCAGCAUCAAUAUAUUACUCAAAUAAAUGAAUCGAAAGAAAGAUUAGCCACAGAAAUUUCCAGAAAUGCUGUGGCAUCUAGUCUAUUGCCAAAGACACAAGGAGAUAUGUCUAACCUUGCAUUAGUAAAAAAUAUUUAUGGUAUACCUAGUCCUGAUUAUAUACCUGUAGCUUCAACAUCUCACACGGCAGCUGAUAAGUCUUUCUCAAGUGAAUUGGCUGAUUUUGCCAAAAGUUUAACAGCAGCUGGGGCAACAGCUCAAAUAAAAACAGAUGAAUGCCCUUGUUCUUCAAGAGAAAAAGUAGCUAAUGAUUCAACAAAGAAAAUAGAUUCUCCUCAUCGUCUUGGAUUGAGUGCUUCCUUAAGUUCUCCAAAUCUUCUAAAUACAGCUGUAUCAUCUUUAAUGUUGUCAAGUGGUAGUAGUAGUAGUAGUAGUGUCAGUGAUAUUAGUGAACCUGAAGCUUUAAUUGAAGAUUUGGAACAUAGAGAAGCAACAUCUAAUGAUGAGAAUGAUGUAGACAUUGAAACAAUGUCUGGAGAAAAUGAUGUAGAAUAUGCGGAAUUUUCUAUGGCACAAAGAAUGUUAGAAAAGGAUCCUAGUUCAGCUAAUAGCAGUGUUGUAGGAGCUACAGCACUUUCGCCAACAGAAAUAAGUAACUUUGAAGAAAGGUUGAAGUUAUUCAGCUUUUUUGAAAAUUGUCCCAGGAAUAAUGGGAUACAAGAAGCUACAAACAGUCUAUUAGAUCUCACUGGUUCAAAUUUAGAUCUAGCAUUGCUAGGUACCAUUUCCACUGAUUCAAUGCAAGCUGAUGGAAACGUAACUCCUGAGAAUAGAAAAAAACUUAAAAAUAGGUUUAGACAUCUGGAUAUCACUGGUCCAAGUCCUAGCAAUUCAGUGGGAGUAUGGAGUGAAACUGUUCCCCUCACUCAAAUAACUAAGGAAUCUGUUAUGGGCCCAUUAGAAUCAUUUUUACGCUCAAUUAAUUGUUAUCCUGAGCAUGAUAGGAAUAGACCGAAGGAGUCUCCAAUGAAAGAAAGGAAGAAACAUUCUAACUCUCAACCUAAAUUUCCAGUUGUGCCAUCAGCAUCACCGCCACCGUUGAGUGAUAAUGCAGAAGGCAUUGUAGUUGAACCAACUUCUACAGCCUUUAGCUGGACCCCAUCCUUAUUGAAUCAACGAAGAUCAAAUAAGUCGCCAAGAUUAUCUCCUGGUGAUUUGGCUAGACCUGAAAAAGAAGCAAGUAAAUUUUCGGAAAAUCAACCUCGUUCCUCUUAGAUGUAGUUAAAUUUAAAAUCAUAUUACAAAAUUUAUAUUUAUUGAUGCUAAAGAACUGUUGAUAAUUUUUUUUUCUAUUUUCUAAAGAUACAUUCAAAUUUUAAUAAGAUAACUGAGAAAAUUCGUCUUAAUGAAUAGAAAAUCUGUGUUAAAAUGGAAAUAAAAAUGUAAAUCUGUGACUGUGUGUUUAAUUAUCAAUCAUUAAUAUGUUUAUGUGAAUUAUCAUUAAAGGAUUUUUAGGAAUAAAGUUCAUCAGCUCUAAUUGAAUUUAUUCUAAACAAUUUCUAUUAAACUAAUUUGGAUGUAGUUUAUUCAAGACGUAAUCAUAUUAAUUUACCAAUGUAUAGAUUCACAGAUACUUUCAAUAAACAUUUCAAAUUCUCUGAAACAUAUUAAAUUUAAUAUUGUUUGUUGGCUCCUUAGUAUUAGUUUCUUAUUGAUUCCUUCAAUAAUUUACAUAUCUUUAGUAACCGACCAAAAACUUUAGUGUUUGCUUUUUCUAUAUACAUGUCGACUCAUGUGUCGUGGUAUUUCCUAUAUACAGGGUGAGUCGGGAGGAGUGUUAUAUACACGUGAAAAUGAUGUAAAAAAACUCAUAAUGUUCUUAACCGAUUUUCAUUUGUUUUCAAGUUAUAGCAUAUUAACAAAUAAACAAAUUAUCACAUAAAAAUUUUCUUAAUCAUAGCGUUCUUUCAAUAAAUGUUCAAAAAUAUCGCCAUUGACUUCGAAAAAGAAAGAAAAAAAUUUAAAUAUGUAACAUGAAAAAAAACACACUUUUCUGUCAAUGAAUAAGUAAUGAACUAAACUUCAUUAUUAUGGUGUUUUAUAUUACGUACAAGAGCAGAGCCGUAUAGCCCAAAUAUAACGAUUGGGGUCAAUUCACCUCCAUACCAAGUUGAUCCCUGUAGUUAUAGGUUGAGCCCAAAAAUUUCGAAAAAAAAUUUAUUUGCAAUCAUUUAAUAUUAAAAUAACAAAUUUGGUACACUGUAUGAGACUGUAGGGCUUUAAGUGAUUGUGAAUAGAAGAGGAUCGAACUAUUCUAGGGGACUAAUUAAGAGUGACCCAACCUUAAAAUUUCGCAAAAGUUUGUUAUCAGUUGAUUUAAAAAUAGUUAUUUAUGUAACAAGUGUCUAAAGUAGACACGACAAAUGCGACAAUCACAUAAGUCGAAAAAAGGGCUUAUACAUACAUACGAAUUGCAUACAAUAUUUUUUCUACUAGCGAAAAUUCUAUCAAAAUACAAAAGUUAAUGGUAAUUUUAUUCACACACUAGUGCGUAAAGUGAGUUUAAUUUGUCGUAAGAAGGAACUAUAACGUUGUUAUUGGUUUUUCCUAAAAGAUAUAAUAUUUUUAUUAAUAUUUUGAACAUUUUAAUCAAGAUUAGAACAAAUUAACAAAACAACAGACGAAUUCAAUUAGUAACAAUACUAAUAUUAAAAGUGCACUUUGUGCAGAUAUUAAAUUUGUCAACUCUUCUUUUUGGCAUGCAUAAAUGCCACCUAAAAAUAAUUCUUACUAAAUAAGUAGAAAAAAAUUAGAAUGAGCGCGACUUGAACCUAAGUCCUCCCGCAUGUGAUCCUUAUACUCUAGCCACUACGCUACGGAGACCUUAAUAAUAAUUUUCUGGCACUACUGCUUAAGGUGGGGGUUGGGUUUUAAAACAUUUUUUCGCAUUUUUUUUUUAAUGAAUAUGUCGAGAAUAUUGUGAACAAAUUUUAAGUCAAUCCUAGUAAAACUAAUGGAGUUGCAAAAUCAACAGGUGAUCAAGAAGAAUUUGUAAAUUAAUCGCGAUUUUUUCAGCUAAAAUCGUGUUUUUCACCUCCAAGUGCUGCAAAAAAUAGAAAAA